GUUUUAUUUAACUUUUAUUCUCUAUAAAGUUCCUCUAAUUUUUGUUACUCAUUGGCACAAAUCUAUCUCUAUUAAGUCAAAUAAAUAAAAAAAUGGGCCAAUCUCUGAAGAAAUUAUCACCUGGAACUGAUGAAAAGAAGGCUAAAGAACUUGGUCCAAUUAUAGAUAAAUUUUAUGAAAAAAGUAUAAAAAAUGUGUCAAAUGACUUUCCAGAAUUCUACCGAGGAGUAUGCGAAAUUGUCGAGGAACUUAAUAGAAAGCUUGGAUACACGCAGUUCAAACUCCCUAAAACGGAGGAACUUGAGAAGGCAUAUCAUGAACAUCACAAAGGAAAAGACAAGGAAUUAACAAAAACAGAAUUCCAAGACAUCAUGAAAGAGAUGGUUAAGGAAUCAGGAUUCACUGGUGUGGGAGCAAAAGAAGCACUUUUAUACAUCUUUGGUGUUCCUGUGACUGCUCUAUUUAUUAAGCAAAGAGUCAUGCCUCAAGCAAUUCCAAAUGAAUUUUUCAUCCCAGGAAUCACUUCUGUCACUGUUUUGAUUCUUGCAGCACUUAACAAAAUAUGAUAUAGAUUGUAACCAACCUCGCAACGAUAAUGUGUUGGUUUGUAGCCGAAAUGUGAUUGAUCGUACCAUUAUAGACCUCUAUAUGUAUACAUAAAUUUCGACUUAUGAUACAGACGUUUAGACCUUCGAUUCAAA